AAAGUACUGAAACCUAUGCAAUAGGUGCUAUAGGUACAUAUGUUUGCGAUCCUUGCUGUGGUUAUUGUCCUGAUCUGUGAACUGAUCCAGAGGUUUGCUGGAGAUGCUAAGGUCAAUAGGCUUCGAAGUCAGCAAUCACAGCUGAAGGCGGAGGCUGCCCAGCUUAACAAGCAGGCAGAGCGGCUGUCUAGCCCAGCCAGCUUCGCUCAGAGUGCCAAACUGACUCGAAAGGCCGUGGCAAAGGAGAAAGAGGCAGCUGCCCUGCAGACUCAGGAAGAGGCUAUCAGCAGUGGAAGGUGGGUGAAGGCGGCGCAGUACACCAAGACAGCUGUCAGCCUGACACUGCUGGUGUCAUUCUGGGGGAGGCCAGCCGUCCUGCUGGAUCCAGAAGCCCUGUGGCCUUUCAGGAGUCUGCUGGGCAGAAUACACCCCUCCGGUCUCGUUGCGAUCUCUGUUGUGCCUUUCAUGGCCAUCAGCAGGCGUGCCUGCUCUGCCCUGGCAGCACUCGCUGUUCCUGCACGAUAAUGCAGAGUUCUGGCGAGACACACUUGUAGAAAGAACACAAACUGGAACCAACUGCGAAACUGCCAUGCUGGGCGGUGGAUGCAAGAAUUUGUUUUCAGAACGUUGAAAUUUCAUGUACGCACUGUAACAUGGUCAGUGUUGUCCAUGGCUCUGUGGCACAAAGGAGGCGGCUACUGUAUCCAGUGUCGAGCUUCUAAUUUGAGUGUAUGGAUAUCAAGCUAUAGCUAGUACUUU